GCCAUUCGUGUUAUUAUUUUUCUUUUGUUCAAUGAAUUGAUUCAAGUGAAAAAUUGACGACAUUUGACUUCUAGAUGCAUUAUCAACAUGAAUCAUUACAACAAUUCCAAUCACCACAAUCAUAGCAGGACUGAGUCCAUACCAGUCACACCCAUAAGUAUCACAGACGACGAUGCUACAAUAAAUAAAAAGCUGCCGAAAGAGUUAUUAUUAAGGAUAUUUUCAUUUCUAGACGUUGUCUCGCUAUGUCGAUGUGCCCAAGUAGCAAGGUUCUGGAACGUCCUGGCCCUAGAUGGCAGUAACUGGCAAAGAGUGGACCUGUUUGAAUUCCAGAGGGAUAUUGUGGGCUUGGUGGUUGAGAACAUAUCCAAGCGCUGUGGAGGAUUCCUGAAGUCACUGAGUCUGCGCGGCUGUCAAAGCAUCACGGACGCAGCUCUGAGGACAUUUGCACAGCAGUGUAGGAAUAUAGAGGAGCUGAAUCUCAACAACUGUAAAGAGAUCACAGACUUAACCUGUGAGAGUCUGGGCAAGUACAGCCACAAGUUACACCGACUGGACAUCAGUUCCUGUCCACAGGUCACCAACUCUGCACUCAAGGCCGUCAGUGAUGGCUGUCACAAUUUGAAGAUUGUUAAUUUGUCAUGGUGUACAAAAGUCACAAAUGAUGGCAUAGAGGCACUGGCCAAGGGGUGUACUGUACUACACACCUUUAUAGGCAAAGGGUUACCACAGGUGACGGACGUUGGAAUCUCUCAUAUAGCAAGGAAUUGUAAAAACUUGAAAAAAAUCAAUCUUCAUAGUUGUUCAAAUAUAACGGAUGAGGCUGUACAGGAGAUCGGGGAACACUGUCACCAGCUCUUGUUUCUGUGUAUAUCAAAUUGUCCGAGGCUGACGGACGCUGCUCUGGUCUCCCUAGGCCAAGGAUGUCACAACUUAAGGACAUUGGAGGUCGCAUGUUGUUCCCAUUUCACAGACAAUGGUUUCCAGGCCCUGGCCAAGAAUUGCAAUAGUUUAGAGAAAAUGGACUUGGAAGAAUGUAUACAAAUUACAGAUUCUACACUGAAUUACCUGUCCAACUACUGUCCCAAAGUCAGCGCAUUGAGUCUGUCCCAUUGUGAGCUGAUCACGGACGAGGGAAUCCGUCACAUCGGGACCGGGACUUGUGCUACAGAGUAUCUCCACAUCCUAGAGCUAGACAACUGCCCGCUGAUCACAGACGCAUCCCUAGAACACUUGAUGGGCUGUCAAGGGCUCGAGCGAAUAGAACUCUAUGACUGUCAGCUCAUUACACGUGCUGGCAUCCGCCGACUCCGAACACGGCUGCCAAACAUCAAAGUACACGCCUACUUUGCACCAGUGACCCCACCUCCCUCGGUCGGCAACGGUCGGCAACGAUACUGCAAGUGUUGUGUGAUUCUCUGACAGCAUGGGGCCAAGGUGAUGACCUUGAAACAACUUUAGGACAAGUACAGGGACGAAUGCAAGGUGUGACGAACUCGUUGGCCGGUACAGGUGUAGUAGACAGUGACAGCUGUAGCAUCUUUAUGAUAACUACACUGUACUGGCAUGGAGUUGUCAGGGAAUUCUGGGAAGUCUUGCAGGUGUCCUGAUAGCUCUGUGAGCUGGUAGUGGCUCCGAGUCGGCCCGCAGUCUGGAGCUGUGUUGUGUGGGUGGGGAUGUACUGUGAGUCCGUGUAUCGAGACUGGACAGGCUUCGCUGGUUAUAUCAAGUUUGUUGCUUACAAGAUGACAUUCACAUGCAAAUUUAUCAAGCUGGUAUAAUACAUAACCACGGACGUCAUGAUUAUUUUUGCAGAAAGUAUCCGCACUGCGAUUCUUUUGAUGUGUUUUACUGUGAAAAUGUCUGUGUGUAAAAGUGUCCAGUUUUACAUAUCUCCGACCCAUCCAUCACGCAUCACCAGCUACCACUCAGAGACAGCGAUCACGAAAUAUCAACUGCGCGAACAUGACGUCAUCUGUUCAAUGAACGAUUGGAUCCUCCAGAUCAUGUGAUCUUGUUAGGGAUCAAACGACGCAGAGAAAUACCUUUAAUUGUCCAUUGUAUAUUGAGAAAUAUUUAGGGUGAUUAUGUAUGAAUUAUGUAAGUCACUGAAUGAAAUCUCAGAGCGAAGAUUACUCCCUGAGAUUUAAGUGGAGUGAGUAGUAACCGGAGUGUGAACGUGGUCAUUACUGAAGCAAGUUAUAUCUCCAAAUGUGAUUAUAAGGUUUUCUUAAAGAAAUGAUAUCUAUGAAUAUGAAUACACGUUUUCCUUAAAGGAAAUCAUAUCCAUAAAUGUGAUACAAGAUUUUAAGAAAAUAAUAUUUCUAUAAAUAGGAGUAUAGAAUUUUACUUAGACAAGUAAUUAGUAUCUUAAGAUGUGAUGGUUAGUUUCUUUUUACUAAAGCAAGUUAAUAUUUUAUCAGUUUGUUGUAGCAAAAAAUAUCUAAAUGUGAACACAGUCUUUAAUUAAGGAAUAUCAUUUGAUUUUAACGUAACUGAAUUACUUCUAAGGUUUCAACUAUGUCCUUUAGUCACAGGUGUAUGCCUCCUGUUCAGACAGGGCUCCUUCAUGUGUAGGUAAAUUUAUCCACGCUCCCGAGGGCUCGACAGAAUGAGGUUUCCUAUGACUGGGGCAGUGGAGCGAGGCAGUCAAGUAUUAUGAUUUUACAACAAGUAUUAACAUCCAAAAGCAGUAUAGGAAGCUGCUCAUGUGGACACAUCAGAAACUGGAUGACAGGUGUUUUAAGUUAAAAUUCUCUUGUGUUAGUUUACAGUAUGCACUCUAGGUAAGAGUGAAGAUGUCAUACAAAAUUUUCUGUUUCUUUGGAAUCGUACAAAUCACAAAAAUUGUGGAUUUAUUACCAAAUCCCUAUGGCUGGACAGCUGCAAAGUGAAUAUUUACGCUGAGAGUUCACCAGUUAAAUACUGAAAGACUGAAAUUUGUAUGAUUAAGGAAUUUAGUUCAAAUUUUUAUCUGUUUAGGAGUUGUUAACAACAAGUAACCUAGUUUUUAGGACAAUUUAAGAGUUGUUUUGUUGGGUGUUAUCUGGAAAAGUUACCUUGUUGAAAGUUAAUAACUGAAAGUUAAUUGGUUAAGAAUUAGUAAACCAAGAGUUAACAGGUUGAAAGUUUAGAAGAGUUACCUGAUUUAUAGUUUACAUAAAUGUUUCCUGGGAGUGUAGACAAAGGUUUCCAGGCUGAGAGUUUAGAUGAGACUUUCCAUGUUGAGAGUUUAGAUGAGAGUUACCUGGUUGAAAGUUACCUGGAUGAGGUUUUAAAUGAGAGU